CAUACUCACCAUAUCCAGAACAAGAUAACACAAUCAAUCCAUUCACUCACCAUUCCCAAUUUCCCACAACACAGUCACACACACACACACACAAUGUCAAUCUCCGCAAUUUUCGGGGUCAAAAUCACCCCAACACCCAGCCCCGCCGUCCGUACACCACCCACCACCACACUUUCAUCCCCAGCCUCACUCCAUUACAAUAACAAUUCUCUAUCUGGGUCAAGUUCAUCUGGGGGGCUAAUGAUAGAAUGUUCAUCAAGACCACAAAAGAAAGCCACAGCCCAUCACCGGAAAACCCGACCCAAAAAGACCCAACCCUGGGAUAGAAACCGUGGGCCCGCUGUUUACCCGCCUUUGCCUGCGCUUCCACCCGAGUGGAGCUUCGUCACUAAUGAAGAAGAAGCUGUUACUGCUGAAGGAGGUGUUUCUUCUGAUUCGGUGGCUGUUUCUGAGUAGGGUUUGUCCUUUUUAAUGUUAAUUUGAUGUUGUUUUGCUUAUUAUGUUUGUAUUAUUAUCCCUAUGAAAUGAGAGAUGUUUUUUUUGUUGUUGUUGUGUACACCAUGUUUUGGUUGUUAUUUAUGAAAAAGAAGGGCUAUUUUGUUUGGAAA